AUGUCUGGUGAAGAACUCAUCCCCUAUCCAUACAAAAACCAAAACCAGUCAGAAAGAGAUAGAAAGCGUAGAACAGAGUUCGAGAUAUUUUCCUUCAAUUUUUCAAGAAUCAAUGGAGUGCUUUGGAGCUCGAAACAUGACGGCAACAAUGGCGCAUCGUCUUCGUUGCGUCAAAUUAAGUGCAGCUCUAAAAGCGACCGUUGUGUAGUGGAUAAACAAGGGAUUUCCGUAGCAGACGAAGAAGAUUAUGUGAAGGCCGGUGGAUCGGAGCUGUUUUUUGUUCAAAUGCAGCGGACUAAGUCCAUGGAAAGCCAAUCUAAACUUUCCGAAAAGCUAGCACAGAUACCAAUUGGAAAUUGCAUACUUGAUCUGGUUGUAAUCGGUUGUGGCCCUGCUGGCCUUGCUCUUGCUGCAGAAUCAGCCAAACUAGGGUUGAACGUUGGACUCAUUGGUCCUGAUCUUCCUUUUACAAACAAUUAUGGUGUUUGGCAGGAUGAAUUUAUAGGUCUUGGACUUGAAGGAUGCAUUGAACAUUCCUGGCAAGAUACUCUUGUAUACCUUGAUGAUGAUGCUGAUCCCAUCCGCAUAGGUCGUGCAUAUGGUAGAGUUCAUCGUGAUUUACUUCAUGAAGAGUUGUUAAGAAGGUGUGUGGAGUCAGGUGUCUCAUAUCUAAGCUCCAAAGUAGAACGAAUCACUGAAGCUCCAAAUGGCUAUAGUCUCAUUGAAUGUGAAGGCAACAUCACCAUUCCAUGCAGGCUUGCUACUGUUGCAUCAGGGGCAGCUUCAGGGAAAUUUCUGGAGUAUGAACUUGGGGGUCCUCGUGUUUGUGUCCAAACAGCUUAUGGUAUAGAGGUUGAGGUUGAAAACAACCCAUAUGAUCCAGAUCUAAUGGUGUUCAUGGAUUACAGAGACGUCUCAAAACAUAAACCAGAAUCUUUAGAAGCAAAAUAUCCAACUUUCCUCUAUGUCAUGGCCAUGUCUCCAACAAAAAUAUUCUUUGAGGAAACUUGUCUAGCUUCAAGAGAAGCCAUGCCUUUCAAUCUUUUAAAGUCAAAACUCAUGUCACGAUUGAAGGCAAUGGGUAUCCGAAUAACAAGAACAUACGAAGAGGAAUGGUCGUAUAUACCCGUAGGUGGAUCGUUACCUAAUACAGAACAAAAGAAUCUCGCAUUUGGUGCUGCAGCUAGUAUGGUGCACCCUGCCACAGGGUAUUCAGUUGUCCGAUCUUUGUCAGAAGCUCCUAAUUAUGCAGCGGUUAUUGCUAAGAUUUUAAGACAAGAUCAAUCUAAAGAAAUGAUUUCUCUUGGAAAAUACACUAACAUUUCAAAACAAGCAUGGGAAACACUGUGGCCACUUGAAAGGAAAAGACAGCGAGCCUUCUUUCUGUUUGGACUAUCACACAUCGUGCUAAUGGAUCUAGAGGGAACACGUACAUUUUUCCGUACUUUCUUUCGUUUGCCCAAAUGGAUGUGGUGGGGAUUUUUGGGAUCUUCUUUAUCUUCAACGGAUUUGAUAAUAUUUGCGCUGUAUAUGUUUGUGAUAGCACCUCACAGCUUGAGAAUGGAACUGGUUAGACAUUUACUUUCUGAUCCGACAGGGGCAACUAUGGUAAAAGCAUAUCUCACUAUAUAGAUUUUGAUUAUAUAAAUAAUAAUACCCAUAUCUUGCAUAUAUAAGCCUUCUUUAUCUGUCUUGUAUGCUUACAACAACAUAAUCAUUAAUUAUAUGUUUGUUUUUUUUUUUUAAGUCAUGUUUACAAUAAUUUCUGAUCAACAUAUGUCAUACUGAAUGUUUUGGACUCUUUUCCACACGACUAGAUUGAGUCCAUGUAAGUAGGUAAUAAUGAUUUGAAUGCAAAAAGAAUUUCCCCAAAAAAUGUUGUAAUUUCGUAGUAGUUUUUCAGGUAAAAGAUGGCAAAUAUAAAGGUUUUCUUUUGAAAUUUGUCUAUUUUCUAAAUAAGAAAUGUAUUGUAAACUAUAUGGACUUAGACACUUAGUAGAUUAUCUUUUAAGAAAAAAAAAAUCAGUUUAAAUUUGCGAUGAGAUUCGACGACUAUAGACGUGUAACACUCGACAUAGGAGUGUACAAAAUGAUUUUUAAAGGAAAAGUAUUGAGUUAGAGUCAACUUGACUAAUAUAAUUAAUUAGCAAUUAAUUAAGAAAUAAUUGAUUCGUACCAUUAAUUAAGAAAUAUAGACUAUAGUAAUAAAAAAUUAUUGACUCAUUUACCAGAAUUAAUAAUUUCAUAAUUAUUGACUCAUGUGUUGUCAACAUAAAAUAAUAAAAAAACUAAAAUUUUAAAUUCAUUACAUAGUAUAUAAAAAUUUAUUCGUACCAAUGACUGACGGUUGAAUGAAUUGCUAUGUGUUAUACGAAUAUAAAUAUUAAAGAGGGUACAGUAAACGAUUAAGUAAUUUAUGAAACAAAUAUAUUUUUAGUAUAAUUAGGUAGGUCAGUAACUUUUUUUUGUUUAUAUUUUAGCUAAUUAAUGUGAUAACUUUAUUAUUACAACAAUUAUAUUCGGGAUAAUGAUUUAGGAGGGUAAUAAGGUUUCCAGCUUGUUCGUAUUAGGUCACUAAGGUUUUUUUUGUGCGUAUUAGACCAAUAUGGUUGUUAUUACC